AUGAUGGACAGAAACUACCCGACCUCCAGCUUCGCGGACGCGCUGGCCCCACCAGCACAGACCGUAGCUUCUUGGGCCUAUGACCGCAGCACCGCUAGUGUCAAACCAAGUUCCAGUUAUGGUGCAGCACACCUUGAUGCAGAGCUCCUCCAGAGGCAAAGCUACACUUCCACCCACCAGCUUCCCACCUACACUACAUCACACCUUCCUGCUGCAGCAGGAGCGCUCGACUCGAGCAGUAAUACUUCUGAGACCUCAAUCAUGAGCUUCCUGUCAGCCAUGGAAUCUAGAAGCCUUCAGGCUGGUCCUGUUAGUGCCUCACUGCUUCCUCCUUUCAGACCCCCAUCAUGGCCUGCUGGUACCAACGCCUCCACCACAGAGCUGUAUUUGACUGGUGCUCUGCCUUCUACUGCCACUUUCCCCUCUCCUGCUGCUCUGUCGUCCUAUCAGCACACUGGUGCCUACCCUUCCAGGAGUUAUGCUACCAACCCAUCCUUGGCACUCCAGGAUCCUGCCUUCAGCACUUCAACCAAUGGCCUGUUUUCUCACCAUGACCCCCUUCUCCAUCUCAAAUCAAGCCAGACUGUGCUUCCCACUGCACUGGCCUUCAAUCAUCUCCCUGCCCCUACUUUGGGCUCGGCUUUGCCUGUCCAGUCCUCUACUUACCGAUCAGCCCAGGAGUCAGCCCCCCACCUCCUACAGCCCCAGUUCAGCCUGCUACCAUCUGCCCUGCCUGCCCCUCAUGGUGCCCCACAACCGUACGGGGCCACAGUAUUCUCAGGCUCUAUUGAAAGAGCUCUUCAGCGUGAAUGUAGUGUGAUCAAACACCACCAGAGGCCUUCCAGCAGCCACGCGGCCUCAGAGCAAUUGCCCAGUGCAGAGCACUCCUUACAGGGGUACUUUGGCUCUGCCAGUGAAGCUGAUGUGUCCUACCAGCAGGACCCUUCCCGUCAGACCCCGGUAUCCUGCAGCCCUUCCACAGGAGCAGAUUCCUCUCAAGGGGUCAGUCGUGCUCCACAACCCAAAACAGCCUCAGUAACUCAAGCUUAUUCGUCCACUUCUGUGCCAAAGGCUAAAGACUCUUCCAAAUUAGCUCCACACCCUUCUGGGGGUGAGGAGAGUCACGAGCACUCUCAGAACCUGACAGGAGGGUCUCCUGACCGUUACUCCUCCCCAGGACACAAGCAGAACUCGGUGAUUGCUAAUCAACAGUCAGUACAGCUAUCCAGCCUUAUGUCCAGUAGUUUGUCACAAACCUAUAUCACCACCCACACCCAGUCACAGGCCUCCCAUUCCACCUCAGACAAACUUUCCCCCCUUUACAAGACUCUGCCUUCCCUCUCUAGCCAGUCUGACAAUGUGGCAUCUGUUAGUCAGACUCUUGUUUACUCCUCUAGUCCCGGGCUGAGCCAGCAGCAGGAGAUCCAGUAUGGAGCCCAGGUCCAGGGCUUGUGUCAGGGGAAUCUCUCUGAGAGCUACCCCACCACUCACUCUCAGGGUGCCCCAAACGUGACUUUUACAUCUCAGUCACAGGAGCAAGCUUCGGUGACUCAGAGCUACGCCACAGGACAAUCCCUUAACCUUAACUCCUCUUACCCGCCCACGUGUGUGCGGAGUCUGCCCACAUCAAAUUCUUCACAGGACUACACCCUCAUGCAGGCCUCAGUGGGAGUUAAAACACAUGACACACUGUCUCAGCAGCAGACACAGCCCCAUAAAUAUGUUUUGUCUGCACCGUUGCCUGCCUACUCUUCAACUGCUCAAGCCUUACAAAAUAACAUCAGAUCCUCAAUACAAGACAUAAAGCCAACAUACGGCAAACAGAAACUUGGAGAGCUUCCUAUCCAGGACAUUGAUGCUCUCCAGCAGGCAUCGAUGGAAGCCUCUGCUGCUAGCAAUAUGUCUGCUCACAACAAUGUCAUCUAUGUUGUUUCAAAAAUGGACGAUCAUCACAAAACUCAAAGUGUCAUCCGAAGCAAUUCGCGAUCUGAUGACCAGCUCAUGGGACUAGGUCAUACAAACACAGCACAGAUGAAGGACGAAAGAAUGGGUUCUCUGAGCCAACAGCACAUUCAUCUAAGCAGUGCCAAUGGUCAGGAAACUGUCGACACAAAAACUACAAAUUCCAGUAUUAUAUCUUCACAUGUACCCCUUAGCUCAGAGCAGGUCAAGCAGCACCCUCUCCAACUCAAGUCUCCUGAGCCACAUCAUCAAAACCACCAGAAUCAUACUCAAUCCCAGAGCCAGACCCCGGCAGCCCACACCCAAUUCAUCACCGUUCCCAGCACUCAGGUUCUCCUCGAGCCCAACCAGAUGAUUUUGCUCCAACAGCCUCUUGUUCACCACAGUCAAAACACAUCAAAGGUGGUAUCAGUGCAGGGUAUCCAACAAACCCAAGAUCUGGGCCCUGUUCAUGUCCAGUAUCUUCAGAUGGGCCGAGAACUGCUUUGUCCCAGUGUCACCGAAAACCAGAGACAGCAGGGCACGGUAGUGUCUGAACAGAGCUCAGGAUGCCCUGAUUCCUCCAAACACCACUACAGCCAGUCAGCAAAUCAGCAGCCAAAUGAUGCCAAGAACCACUUUGCUCUCAACUCCAUUUGCUUCCCAGACUCUAUGCUACUUGCAGAUGACAGAAAUAUUUUGUCAAAUGUCGAUGACAUCCUGGCUGCCACGGUGGCAGCCUGUGGCGUCACACCACAAGACUUUGUCAAAGCUACAUCCUCUGCUGAGGCUGAAAUGGCAGUUAUGGCAAGCCCUGUUGAUUCUAAAGGUCACUUCCAGACUGUGGAUAUAAGGCACAUGUCACCUAAUUUCUCCUCAGCACAACAGCCAAUCAUGACCAACACUAAUACCCACAACAUGACCAUGACGCUAAAUGGAGCUCAGAUGGCUGCAGACUGUCAGCCUGUUCACAACAACAGUUCUGAGCUUGACACAAAUGGAGAUGGAGGGAGCUCUGAGAACGACUAUCACUUAGCCGGACAUGUUUAUGACCCCACAGGUCUCCACAGCAGAAUCAAAGGGAAUUCAAAGUGCAUUAAAACAGAGGAUGGCUCCAUGGAAUCCCCAGGCGGUGAAGACUUUUCCAAAAAGAAGGUUCGCUCUAAGUCCUUAACCAAACCAGGUGGUCCAGAGGAGGAUAAUGGACAAGCCAGGCAGGCCAAGCGCAGUGGGCAGGCCAAGCGGCAAAACUCCAGGGGCAGUGAUGUCAGCUCGCCGUCCGCCUCACAGGGUGUAUAUGAUGGUUGUCCGCAGCAGGAGAGAAUCAGACAGAAGAUCCGUGAAGUGGAAGAGAAGCAGCCAGAGGUCAAAACGGGCUUCAUUGGCUCCUUCCUCGACUUUAUCAAAUCUGGCCCCAAACAGCAAUACUCUCCAAGUCCUACACGAACUAUCAGUCGCCCAAGAAAGCCCUGCACCACGUCGAAACCACUGCCAUGUACUUUGCCUUCUUUGCCUCCCAAACUGCAGACUCUGCCUGGGCCUUUGAUUCCCCAGGAGAACCAAGGAGUGAGCUCCCAACAGAAACGUCUGGAUGAGGAUUUGCAAAAGAACUUGGAGACUCUGCCAUCAUUCAGCUCCGAUGAGGAGGAGAACACUGGGAAGAACCAGGCCCUGAGGAACAGCAUCAGCUCAGCGCUUUCAGCUCUGGAUGAGGCUUCAGAUCGGAAAUCCAGGACAGAUAACCAAAUCCCCAGUGUGAUGAUGAAGCCAGACCAGGUUACCACCAUGCCUCACACUGUCACCGAGACCUGUUUGUCGCGAGUAACUCCUCCUACACAGACAACAAACACCCCCUCACUAGGGCCCGUGUUUGUGGACAAAGAGGAGUCUAAAGAGACCCCACCAGGCCAGCUGGCUGUGCAGUUGCCGAGUGUGGCCAUUGAGGGACUGACUGACGAGGAGCUGUCGGAUAGUGGAGGGGAGGGAAUGUACCGUGAGAGAGACGAGUUUGUCGUCAGGAAUGAGGACAUCGAAAGCUUAAAGGUGACAAUGAGAUCAGGCAGUGAGCCUCCAGCCAUCUGGAAAGUCCAGAAGGCUCUGCUGCAGAAAUUCGUGCCUGAGUUGAGGGAUGGGAAAAGAGUCUUCUCAGCCACUAACAGUUAUCUUGGAUACUUUGGUGACGCCAAAACCAUGUACCAGAGGGUAUAUGUGAAGUUCUUGGACACAGUAAACAAAAGGGAGUAUGUACGAGUUUGUAGUCGGAAGCCACGCUGCAAGCCUAUGAACUCGCUAAGGGGGGUUCAGGUAAAAACUCUGCUGGGCCUGUCAGCUGCCCCUCAGUCCUCAGUCACCCCAAGCCAAAAGCCUCGACCCAAACAACUCAAGCCCAGAGCAGAGCCCCCACCUAAAAAGAGGAGGAAAUGGAAAGAGGAGUUUUCACCAACUGCCUCGGGAUCAUCUGCAGAAGAGGGUGGUGAAGAUGAUGAGUUAAACCCCCCAGUGCCAUUUGCUUCGCGGUUACUCAACACACGAACCAUGAAGGAGACAUUCAAGAGCUUUGUGGAACUGCUCAUCAGCAUUGUUUUGGAUGAAGAUGUGAUGACAGCACUUGAGCGGGAAAAAGAUGAGUUGCUGCUGCCACAUAUGAAAAGAGUGGAUGGGAUGAUCACUGACAACAGGAAACGGCUGCUUCACAAACUGCACAUAGGGCAGGUUCUUAAGACGGCUCUAGACAGCUUCCCGGAGAUCUCAGUGGUGACUGAGCUGAAGAAGGACGGGGAGACCCCUGCCUUUAAGGUGCGUCUCAGUGGGAAGGCCUACAACAAGAAAACCUUGAAACCCUACAAGGUGCCUAACAAAGUGCCACAGGAGUAUACAGUGGACCAGCAGAAAACUCAGUGGUUCUCUCUGUACCACUCUUUGCAGCAUUACAAGUACCACACGUACCUCAUGUGUAAGGACGAGAUCGCAUCUAUGCGUGUGCAGACAGGGGAUCUGGGGCAGGAGGAGACAGUACAGAAGUGUCUGCAGAACGGAGCUUGGGUAGAGGGGCUCUUCGAUCGCUUCGGGGAGCUAAUCAAUCAAGUGCAGCAGGCCUGCCGAUGAUCUAGCCCUGACAUGCUUGGCUAAAACAACAGCAAAGUCCAACACCUAAAAAAUAUGAGGAUGCCUCCAGCUCAAACUGGCAACACAGAGAAGGAUGGAGUGAGUCUCUCCUUUCUGAAUCAGGGACCUGUCAGCUGUCUUACCUUAGAGACGUUCGGGGGGGGGCCUGUGGCCUAAAGUGGCACGAGUGAACAGAGGGACAGCAGUAAAGGUAAAAGUCCGCAUCACUGCAUCCCAGCAGGAAGCAGUAAUGUGAUCAACAGAGGACAAGGACUUUGGUUUUGGGAGCAUUUUGGGAAGACUUCCACAUAAUGCUUCUCCUAGUCUUUGUAGGUUUUUGUAGUUACAAGCCCACUUUUUAUGGGCCUUUUCAUAGAUUUAUAAUGUUUUUUUUUAGUUAAAUGCCAGAUUAUAACCAGUGAGUAUGCACUAGAUAGAGAGCAAUUGGCAUAGGAAGUAGAGCACAGCCAGUAAUAAAAACGCAGAAAUCAGAUUGCCUACAGUUAUAACAAGCCUUCAUCCAUCAUUUGAUACAUAGGCUCACAUCCAGAGAAGUUGAUUUAUUGUUAAAAAAAAUAAAACUCUAUAUAUAUUAUGUAUAACUGUAGUUAUAUACUGUUUGUAAAACAUCCAUUUUGUAAUGGAGCGCCAACUUAUAUAUAAUGUACAUUUUGUAUAAAAGAACAGGGAGGUGGGAACUGCAGCGAUUCUCUUACGGAGGAAUUUAGUAACUAUAUACUGUAUCUAUAUUGUGGUUCAACUUUUGUGCUUCAAACGCCCUUUUGCUUAUCAGAUGCAAAUCAGUGCCGUUCCAGUACUGCUUUUUAUGAAUUUUGUUAAUCAAAUAUGACUUACCCGAGGGUAAAAUGAAACAAAUAAAAGUUGUCUUUAUACUCCUUUACAGACAUAGCCCACAUUUUAUGACAAAUAGAUAUAUAUAUUUUUCACAGAAGUAAAUAUUGUUAUGUUCUCAUUACAGUUUCUAAGACACUUUUUCAUUGUUUUUUCACAGUUUUCCAAAAUGGACUCUUUAUAAGUCAGUUAUCAAUUUUAUGCUAUCAAAAAAACAAUCUUGUUCUUUACAGAUGCAGUUUGUAAAUAAAGUGCCGCAUGUAUCAGA